CUGAAGAUUUGAAGGAAUUUGAAGAAAUAGAAAGAAGUCGCUAAUUUAUGCCAGACGGCGUCUUUAUUUUCAGAUGCAAUCGUUUAUGUUGUUUAAGUUGAGGUGGUAAUUGUGAAAGGUUACGUGUCGCCCUUGGAUUUAUAAACAUUUCAAAGAUAAUAAUUCUUACGUAAUUUAGAAAAUACGAAAUCAAUAUGGGGGACCAACAAUUUUUCCUAAAAUGGAACGAUUUCCAAACAAAUAUGGUGACAUCGUUUAGGCAUUUACGAGACGAGAAAAGCUUUACUGAUGUAACACUAGCUUGCGAGGGACAAACAUGCAAAGCCCACAAAAUGGUCCUGUCUGCGUGUAGUCCUUAUUUUAAAAGUUUAUUAGAGGAGAAUCCAUCAAAGCAUCCAAUAAUAAUACUGAAGGAUGUAUCGUAUCUCCAUCUCCAAGCGAUACUAGAGUUUAUGUAUGCCGGUGAGGUCAAUGUGUCGCAGGAACAAUUGCCCGCCUUCCUUAAGACAGCCGCGAGGCUUAAGGUUAAAGGUUUAGCUGAGCCGCCUCCACAGAUGCCCAGCAUCAAGCGGGAAGGCUAACACACACACAUAAACACAAAUCUGUGCGUGGACACUUGCUAAUUUCUUGACCACAUAAAUUGUACUGUGUUCAUUCAGAUAUAUAUAACCAAAAAACCGUAUAUAGACAUUUCUAUAUUCGAAAUGUGUGUGAAGUCCAUUCAUGGAGUUUAGAUAAUUAAAUUUUAAUUUUUUAAGACAUACAUAUAUUUUUAUAGAAUUGUGUCAAAAACGAAAUUUAGCAAGUGUCUAUCGAUGUUCCACAAAUAUUUCCCAUGCUAGCAAUAAAGCUGUGAGAAUGUUUAAAUAGAAAAGUUAUUUUUGCACAGAUUAUUGUGAAUAUUUAAUUAAAUCGGUGGUGCGUGAUGGUAUAAAACAUUGCCGGGUCUAGAAAGGUUACCCAUAGAUAGAUAUUUAAAAUCCAGUCGCAAACGCCAAGGAAAUUAAGUUUAAGAACUGUCAAAAUAUGUUUUCUCUGAACAAGUUUGACAGUAGAGCGUUCAAGUAUUACGUAAUGAAUUUUGGAGAAGGGGGGUCUUGUAAAACGUUACAAUUCGUUACAGGUAGGGGGGUUUUGAACUUCGCGUUAUUGUUUUUAAUAUUACUCUCCGGCACUUAACGCCGUAUAGUGAGUGACUUUUAGGUGAAAAUAGUGACGAAAAACGUUUAGCGCGGUACAUGGGCAAGUAACAAGCCUUUUUAUGACUAUCAAGUAUUAAAUGUUGCGUUAUAGAUUUGUAUGAAACAUAGUUGACACCAUCUCAUAUAAAUGUCAAUUCCAUACUGGCCACAGUUUGUCUAUUUCAACCUGUCAAAUAUGUCAAGGCUUCAGAGAAAAUGUGGUUUGACAGUUCUUAAAUAGUUUUUUUUUUCUUCUAUUUUGAUCACGAAUACAAAUUUUUGUUGUUUUGAAAGUUUCUAUAUUAAUCUAAUACCUAAUCUGUCAAAUCACUUUUUUCUAUGAAUAGUUAUUAUACCAUUUCGCAUUGCCAUAGCAAUAAGGAAUUUUUAAUUUGGUCGAAUUAUUUCUUUUGUGAAUAAGGUGUCUCGAAUUACGUUCCAUCAAUGCUAACUUAAAUAUAAAAAUAUUUUCGUAAACA